AUGACUACACAACGUAGUUCUCGUAUUAGACAGACGAGAAAGCCUUUUACUCCGACAACGCCAGAACAACCGUUACCAGAAUAUUAUUUGUUGUAUUUUGAAGAAUCUGAUACAUAUAAUAUUGUGAAAAGAUCAAGUACAUAUGAAGAAUGCAAACAAGCUUGGGAUUGUCUAUUACCUCAACCAGAAGAAUUAGAAGACAAUGAAAAUAAUUAUUUACGAGAUAAUAGUGUUAAUCAUCGAAUGCCGUUAAAUUCUCUUGGAACAAAUAUUCAUGAAAAUGUUCAUAAUCCACAUUCAGAUAAACGUUCAAAUCAUGAAAUAAAUACAAAAAGAAGGUUAACUAAUGAAUAUCAAGGAAGAAAACGGAUUAAUGUCUAUACUUUCUUACCAUUUUCGAUAUUUCAUGAUCAAAAUUUAAUACAAAUUAGAGGAAAAGAUUAUGGUGACUACGCACGUAAAGUUUUGAGAGUAUUAUUUACUAAAGAAGAAUUAACAACAUCAGUAUUACCACCAGGUGCACCAUAUUUAAGACGUGAUCCAUUAGAUGAAACACGUUUCGAAUUACUACAAAAAGCUGUUGGUGGAAAAUAUAGAAUUAGUCGUGAUUAUUAUAGUGAAUUUUACAAAAAUUUAUUACGACGAAAAUUAGCAGAUUUUUUAAUCGAAGAACGUCGACGUGAUGGUUUGAAAGAAUUAAGAGUCCGACAACGUUCAAUAACAGCAAUAAUACAACAAAAUGAUUUAACUUAA